AUGAAAUAACAAUAUAUAGUAAGAACUGGCUAUAUUAGGAUUACUGAUCCUGAGAUCUUGAAGGAAUUUUUUGAAUUAAACUUGGAGAAUAUGAAGAAGAAAUACUCUAAGUAUAGUAAGAUACAUUAAUUGAACAUCCCUAAAGAUAAUCAUUGCAUUAUAGAAUUUAUUAAAUAGGAAUUUUUUGUACCCUUAUGUAAUGAUUUUGUCCCAUCAAAAAGAAUUCUAUUGUUUAAUAUCGAAAUUACUUACAGGAAGCAUAAAUUGGUAUAGGAGCUGCAGAUCGCUUAUGUUAUGUUGUAUUAAACUAAAGUGUUUAGUCAAACAAAAAUCUUAGGGUAUAGGAAAGACAUUGAGCGCAUGACUAAAAUAAAAAUGCAGAUCCUUAAAUUACAAAGUUUCUCGAAGACUUAUGAAUAUAAACAUUUAUUUAGUUGGUCCUGA